AUGAAGAAGUUAAUUUUUGUUUCUGCUACAUUUUUCAUAGCCUCUGGAAAAGUCAUAAUAGUUGUAGAUCAAAAAAUGGAAAGAUGUUCAACGUUUGAUGAAUUGCCUUUCAAUGAUCUAUCAGGGCUUGAAUUCAUACCAGUAAAUGACACACAUACAUUAGUAAAUGGAACAUGGAAUUUUAUGAAGGACCUCAAAAGUCCAUGGCCAGUUCAUUUCUUUGCUGAGCAUUAG